CGGGGCCGGGAUCUCCGAGACCCGCCUCUCUGCCAGACACCUGAGCCGCCACUCCCCAGGCUCCUGGAAGCUCGAGGCCGGACCCUCCAGAAGGCGCGCCGUCAGCGGGCAGCCCAGCGCCCGGCACCGCCUCGCGCUCUUAUAGGCUCGCAGCACUUCCGGUAGUGCGCGAGGCCGCCUGGGAAAUGCAGUCCGGGCCACCGGGCCCGCCCACUCCCUGCGCGCCCAGGUGCUGGCUCCCCGACCCAGUUCCUCAUCGGGUGUUUCUACCCCAAAGCCCGGGUCGAGCUUCGGAGCGUCGCAACGCGUCUGCCCGGUCCUUCAACCCCAUCUCGAGGGAAGCGAAAUGUUCGGGUCGAUGCAGUGCUUCCCGCCAGGAUCGGACCCUAAGCCAGGUCUCACGAGACGUGGGUGGGAGCCCAGGUCAGCGAAAGGCGACAAUGGGACGGCCAGGACCUGGCAGGCCCAGAAAUCCAAGGCCCGAACAUGGCUGCUGGGCUGCGGCAGAGCGGGGAGAGGAAGCCGAGGUCAGCGGGCUGACAGAGCCCGCGUCGGUCCUCUACUUCCGGAAUUUAAAGCCGGUUUCCGGAAGCCGGAAUGUUGUCGCCAUGACAACCGACGUCGGUUCUUUGAGAUCCUUGCCUAAGAACAAGGGCAACAGCUCUUGAUUUGUAAGAACUAGAUACUCUCCUCAGUGCUGGGGAGAGAACCAAGAGCUGUUUUCUGGGGAAUUGUGGAAUGUGCUCUUGGAGGCCCAAGAAAGCAGAAGGAAGAUGCUUCAGACCAGUAACUACAGCCUGGUGCUAUCCCUGCAGUUCCUCUUGCUGUCCUAUGACCUCUUUGUCAAUUCCUUCUCGGAGCUACUCCGAAUGGCUGCUGUCAUCCAGCUGGUGCUCUUCAUCAUCCAGGAUAUUGCAAUCCUCUUCAACAUCAUCAUCAUUUUCCUCAUGUUCUUCAACACCUUCGUCUUCCAGGCUGGCUUGGUCAACCUCCUGUUCCACAAGUUCAAAGGGACCAUCAUCCUGACAGCAGUGUACUUUGCACUCAGCAUCUCCUUUCAUGUCUGGGUCAUGAACUUACGCUGGAAAAAUUCCAACAGCUUUGUUUGGACAGAUGGACUUCAAACGCUGUUUGUAUUCCAGAGACUAGCGGCCGUGCUGUACUAUUACUUCUACAAGCGGACAGCCAUGAGACUGGGCGACCCACGCUUCUACCAGGACUCUUUAUGGCUGCGCAAGGAGUUCAUGCAAGUCCGAAGGUGACUGCUGCUUGUCACACUGAUGGAUGCCUUUCCUUCCUGAAAGAAGCUCUGCAGGGAGGGUUGGCCCUCUGCACCAGGAAACAGCUGGACUUCCCUAGGUCAGGCUUGGACCAGUUAUGUUCUUACAAGUUCAAGUGUUCCCCAGCAGACUCAGUGCAUAGUGCCUCACCCUGACCUCAGCUGUGCCCUUUCCUUCCUUCCCUGCUCUGUUCCAUUCCACCCCUCCUCUCUGCUGACUCUGUGGCUCACCCUUUGAAGCUUUUUGUUCAGCCUGAACCUACCAAUCCCCACCUUCUUGGCACCAACUGGUGACUAAAGGAUGCAAAGAUUGUUAGCUAUGUGUUCUUGACUGAUCACCUCUCAGACAUUUAGAUUUUUAUACCCAAUGUACUUUUUUACAUUUUGUAAAUAGGAAAUAAAUU